CACAAUAAAGUAGGGUGGGGGAAUGUACUGAAGAACCCAACGGGGGUUGGGAACGUCAUCCAUCCAAUCCUCUGUUUCUAAAUACCAAAUCCCAAAAUCUAUCCAAUUUCCACUCUUUGUUUCCAGCUGGGUUCCCCUAAAAUCCUUUCCUUCCAAUUCAAUUCAUCAUCAUCUCCAUUUCUUUCCACUUUCAUGGCUUGAUGUCCCACUUUCACUUCAAAUUCUCCACUCUAUCACCUAUCAUUCACUCUCUUCUCUUUCUCUUCACACUCUUCUCUUGAUUUCUCAUUCUGGGUCUCCGUUUUUUUGUUCCUCAAUCUCCCCCCACAAUGAGUGCUAUGAGUUUAGGUACCUCCUUUCAAUCCUGCUCCAUUUUCAGUCAAGCUUCUAGAUCCACUGGUUAUCCAUUGAAAAGGGGUUUGAAAUCCUUUAUUAUCCCCAAACGAAGGUUACCCACUUCCUCAAUUUCGUCUCUCUCCAUUUGUGCAGUGCUAACCAAAGAAGAGACACUCACGGAGGAAGAAGGAAAACCCACUUUCAAUUUCAAGGAAUAUAUGGUUCAGAAAGGGGCUUCGGUUAAUCAUGCUUUGGAUGCUGCGGUUUUUCUUCGAGAACCAUUGAGGAUUCAUGAAGCGAUGCGGUACUCUUUAAUGGCUGGUGGGAAGCGUGUUCGCCCUGUUCUUUGUAUUGCUGCGUGUGAACUCGUUGGUGGGAAUGAAUCCAUGGCGAUGCCGGCGGCUUGCGCGGUUGAGAUGAUUCACACAAUGUCUUUGAUCCAUGACGAUCUUCCUUGUAUGGAUAACGACGAUUUGCGCCGAGGAAAACCCACCAAUCACAAGGUAUUCGGCGAGGAUGUUGCUGUUCUCGCAGGUGAUGCGCUUUUAGCAUUCGCUUUUGAGCAUAUCGCUGUAUCGACGAUCGGCGUAUCGCCGCCGCGGAUUGUUCGGGCGAUUGGAGAGCUGGCGAAGUCGAUCGGGGCUGAGGGGCUCGUCGCCGGCCAAGUUGUUGAUAUUAAUUCCGAAGGGGCGGCUGAUGCUGGGCUUGAGCAGCUUGAGUACAUCCAUUUGCAUAAAACCGCCGCGCUUUUGGAAGCGGCGGUGGUUCUUGGGGCUAUUCUCGGCGGCGGAUCGAACGAGGAUGUUGAAAAACUGAGAAAUUUCGCAAGGUAUAUCGGAUUGCUGUUUCAGGUUGUGGAUGAUAUUCUUGAUGUUACAAAAUCUUCAAAUGAAUUGGGUAAAACUGCCGGGAAGGAUUUGGUUGCUGAUAAAGUUACUUAUCCUAAACUCAUGGGCAUUGAAAAGUCGAGGGAAUUUGCUCAAAAAUUGAACAGAGAUGCUCAAGAACAGCUCUCUGGGUUUGAUCCUGAUAAAGCUGCUCCAUUGAUUGCUUUAGCUAAUUACAUUGCUUACAGGCAAAAUUGAUACUGUCUUUAUGCUAGAUUUGUACUGAAAUUGAAUCUUGGAGCAUCUGAAUUUGAGCUUGAUACAAAUACCUUCUUGAAUUCUUGAUUCUGGAGUUUGUGUACUGUGCCAUUCUUAUGCUCUUCUCUGUAGUUUUAGUUUUUUUUUCUUCUUUGGUUCAACCCACCCUUUUGUAUCAUUUAGUGUUGUACUCACACUGAUACAAGCUCUUAAAGCUCUGUAUUCUUGUAUUGAAACAGUCCCUUUUAUGUCAAGUAUAAGUAAUUAUAGCAAUAAUAGACUUCAAACUCUGUUACCCAUUUACACAA